AUGACUGUUAAAAGACAAAAGAAAGAAAGAAAGCCAUUAAUUAUCAAUGCAUUUGCAAUGUUAACUCCGAUAUUACAAAGUAAUACAUUUGCAGUUCCAGAAAAUCAAGCUCAUUUAUAUAAUUCAUUAGAUUAUUGGAUUGAAUUAGCUAAAUUAUUAGAAAAGGGGAAAUUUAAUGCAUUAUUUCUUGCUGAUGUCUUGGGACCAUAUGAUGUUUAUAAAUCUGGUGGUACUCCAAAUAAUUCAAAUUUAGGUCCAGUAGCUUUAAGUGGAGCUCAAUGGCCUAUUAAUGAACCAAGUGCAUAUAUUUCAGCAAUGGCAGCAGUUACUAAAAAUUUAUCAUUUGCUAUAACUUUUGCAACUAUAAGUGAAGCACCGUAUCAUUUUGCAAGAAGAUUAGCUACUUUAGAUCAUUUAACAAAAGGUCGUAUUGGUUGGAAUAUAGUUAGUUCUUAUUUGAAUACUGCGUGUAAAAAUUUAUUAAAUGGUGAACCAUUACCUGAUCAUGAUGUUAGAUAUGAUAAAACUCAAGAAUAUUUGGAAAUUGUUUAUCAAUUAUUUUUAUCUUCAUGGGCUGAUGAUGCUGUUAAAUUAGAUAAAAUAAAAAGAGUUUAUACUGAUCCUGAAAAAAUUAGAGAAAUUAAUUUUGAAGGUGAACAUUAUAAAGUCCCAGGUCCUUUCAUUUGUGAACCAAAUCCAUAUCAGAGAAUUCCUGCCAUUUUACAAGCUGGUGCAAGUACAAAAGGUUUAGAAUUUGCUGCUAAAAAUGCUGAAAGUAUAUUCAUUAAUGGUACAACUCCUCAAGGUUUAAAAAGUAAAGUUGACAAGUUAACUACAUUAUUAGAAAAAUACGGUAGAAAGCGUGAAGAUGUUAAACUUGUUCAAUUGGCUACAAUCAUAACUGCUCCAACUCAUGAAGAAGCAAUUGCAAAAUUAGAACAUUAUAAAAAAUAUACAGAUUUAGAUGGAGCACAAGCAUUAUUUGGUGGUUGGACAGGUAUAGAUUUAGAUAAUUAUGAUUAUGAAGAAGAGUUAGAUCAAGUUGAAUCAAAUGCAGUUAGAUCAAUGGCAGAAAUGAUGACUAAACCAUUUCCUGGAGAUCCACCAAAUUUAAAAAAGACAAGAAAAUAUAUAGCUGAAAAAUUAGCAAUUGGUGGUUCAGGUAUUGUUUUUGUAGGUACACCACAAGAAAUUGCUGAUGAAAUUGAAGAAUUUAUUGAUAUUUCAACAAUUGAUGGGUUUAAUUUUUGUUAUGCUGUUAUGCCAGGUAGUUUUGAAAAUAUUGUUAAUUUAAUAAUCCCAGAAUUACAAAAAAGAGGAUUAGUAUGGAAAGAUUAUCCAAAAACUGAAAAUUUAACAUUUAGAGAAAAUAUUUUUGGAUUAGGGGAUGGUACAUUUGAUCCUACUUAUUUAAAACCGAAUCAUCCUGCUUAUAAUUUAAGAUGGUUAGAAGGUGAAUCCAAAGAAGAAUUUGAGAAGAAAUUUGAAAGGACUUUAAAGGAAAAUUUCUCAAAAUAA